UGGAGAGCUCGUGCUUCAUCCAACGGCUCAUAUUCACUUGAGAAGAGCCGCAGAGGAUAUAAUAUCCUACCCCUCUUCGCCUCUGCAACUCUACUCAUUUCAAUCGGUCUAAACUAAACAGAUUCAAGAAAGAAAGCUAGCUAGAACAUGGCUUCUCUAACAAUGGCAUUUGCUCCGGCAGCCGGGAGGGUGGUUUUUGCGGCGACGGCAGAAAAGAGUGCCGGCGGAGGCAAGGAGGAGAAAGGGCUUCUGGAUUGGAUUGUCGGAGGGUUACAGAAGGAGGAUCAGCUGCUUGAGACCGACCCAAUUCUCAAGAAGGUGGAGGAGAAGAAUGGCGGCAGUGGCUCCGCCGGUGGGCGCAAGAACUCUGUGGCAGUCCCGCAGAAGAAGAAGGGUGGCUUUGGUGGCUUUGGAGGGCUUUUUGUUAAGAAUGAAUGACUCUUUUUGGUCAUGUUCUGGCAUUUCACGUACGCCACCAUGCAUCUUCAUGUCUCAUUUGCUUUCAAUCUUUGGUGAUUAUGGAAUGCUUAACUUCUGUUUACUUCUUCGUUUCUGUAGCUAUAAGGAUUACUAUUAAUUCAUUUUGGGUAAGCUACCCACUGUUACUUUCCUAAAUUGAUCUAUAAUUACUUA